AUGCGAUCACCGAUCUGGUUCUAUUUGCUGGGCAUCUGCGCCUGCGCCUAUGCACAAGAGGAGGCAACUACUGUGGCAACUGAACUCGUGCCACUUAAUCAAACCAAAAUCGAGGAGCAGAACAUCGAGCCAAUCGUUUGGCGGCAGGCGCGUCGACGCAACACUAAUGCAGACAGCUGCACCACCAAUGGCGGUGCGACGGGCACUUGCCUCACGCGCUUCAAAUGCAUGCGGCAGGGUGGCACAGUCAACGGAUACUGCGGCACCUACGGCGUCUGUUGCGAAACUAAUAUGGCAUGUGGCACGACCACCCGCUUGAAGCGCACCAUCAUCCGGAAUCCGUCGUCAUUCACCACCAACAUCUGCCAGUACACAAUUGAGGCAUACAGCGCGAAUGUGCAACAGCUGCGCAUCGACUUCGAGCAGUUCGAGCUACAACAGCCGACGGUGAGUGCGGCAGAUGAUCAAAUGCUCGAAUGCCAGGAUUACUUUGAGGCGGGCAGGUUUAAGCUGUGUGGCAUCAAUGCCGGCCAGCAUUUGUAUCUGCCAUUCAAUGUGGCAUCUGGCAUCGAUCAGAUCACGCUGACCUUUUCCAUUCCGACACGUUGGCCCCAAACCAAUUGGCGCCUGAUUGUCACCCAGGUGGAGGGGCCACAGACGACCAGCAAACGCAGGUCAAGCUUACUGGGUGGCUUUGCGGGUAGCACGAACAGCUUGCAAGAUUUGCGGGGCAUAUUCGCAUCGCAUCACGCGGACUACGAUCUGCUGGCACCUGCCGGCUGUGAGCAAUAUUACACAGAGCUGACGGGCACCAUACGCAGCUUCAACUAUCAGCCGGCAAUGGGCACCGUCUACAUACCCGACACUAGCUACACCAUUUGCAUCAAGUCCACGCCCAGUGCCAGCAUGAUUGAAUACACAUUCAGUAAGUUCUCCAUGGCGCAGCAGAUUGGCGAGGGCGAAGGCUACGAUGAGGCAUGCCAUGCGACGGUGCAUACGCCGGGCAGACAGGAGGAUUAUCUGAUGAUACCGCAGUCCUUGCUGGCAAGGAAUACGGCCUAUCAGCCGACAUACUACUGUGGCACCAACGACAAUUUGAUAGUAUAUGCGUCGCCGCCCUACAUGAUGCACUUCUCCAGUGACGAGAUGACCCUCGACCCCACCCAGGAGACGGGCUUCAGCCUGACUUAUCGCCUGCGCACAUCAAUUCUGUAAAGUGGCAGUCAAGCUGCCCAGUUAA